GCGAGGCAAGGCAGUCUCAGACACUUUUGUCUUAAGGGGCAGUCUCUGUCGGUUUCAUUGAACGCUAGCUGGGCCCAGUCACGCACGGCUGGGUGACAAGAAACGUAAAGAGGAGAAAAAACGCCGUUCCAACGUAGGCGUUGUGGCCGGUCGGUUGGCGGCAGCAGGCUGUCCCUCAGCCGCGGGUACCUGCGCCGCGCGGCCACGUGAGCGCCACAUCAGCGCCGCUCCGCGCCUCAAGGCGGCCGCAGAGGCACAGGGCAGCCGGUGGCCGUAACGGCCGCGCUCCCCCCCGUGUCUCCCUCAAGCCCCCGGCCCAGGGCGCAGCCGGCCUCCGGCUCGGUAAGAUGCUGCAGUCGCUGGCGGGCAGCUCCUGCGUGCGUCUGGUGGAGCAGCACCGCUCCGCUUGGUGCUUCGCCCUGCUGGUGCUGGGUUACCUGCUCUACCUGGUGUUCGGCGCCGUGGUGUUCUCUUCGGUGGAGCUGCCCUACGAGGACCUGCUGCGCCAGGAGCUGGGCAAGCUGAAGCAGCGCUUCCUGGAGGAGCACGCCUGCCUCUCGGAGCAGCAGCUGGAGCAGUUCCUGCUGCGGGUGCUGGAGGCCAGCAACUACGGCGUCUCGGUGCUCAGCAACGCCUCGGGCAACUGGAACUGGGACUUCACCUCCUCGCUGUUCUUCGCCAGCACCGUCCUCUCCACCACCGGUUAUGGACACACAGUGCCUUUAUCUGAUGGAGGAAAGGCCUUCUGCAUCAUCUACUCAGUCAUCGGGAUCCCAUUCACACUGCUUUUCCUGACAGCAGUGGUACAGCGCAUAAUUGUAUAUGUCACCAGGCGGCCUGUCCUGUAUUUCCACAUUCGCUGGGGCUUCUCCAAGCAGAUUGUUGCAAUCAUCCAUGCUAUAGUCCUUGGGUUCAUCACUGUCUCAUGCUUCUUCUUAAUCCCAGCAGCAAUAUUUUCUGUCCUGGAAGAUGACUGGAAUUUUUUGGAAUCUUUUUACUUUUGUUUCAUUUCCCUGAGCACUAUUGGCCUUGGAGACUAUGUGCCAGGAGAAGGCUACAAUCAAAAAUUCCGGGAGCUGUAUAAAAUCGGAAUUACAUGUUAUCUGUUGCUGGGCCUUAUUGCAAUGUUGGUGGUUCUUGAGACUUUCUGUGAACUCCAUGAGCUCAAAAAGUUUAGGAAGUUGUUUUAUGUGAAGAAGGACAAGGAAGAGGACCAAGUGAAUAUAAUAGAACAUGACCAGCUCUCCUUCUCUUCCAUCUCAGACCAAGCAGCCUCCAUGAAGGACGAUCAGAAGGCAAACGAGCCCUUUGUGACUUCCCAGUCCCCAACUUCCAAUGACAGCUCUCUAAACAAUUAAUACAGGGGUAUCCAAACCGUUGUUUGGUGCAUUUAUGCUACUUACCAUAAGAAAUAGAACGCCUCAUAUUUUUUUUUCUGAAAAUAUAAAAGCUGGAAGACUGUGCUACUUUAACAAGGACUCAUCAUUUCUGACAUAGAAAAGACUUCUGGGAAAAAUGUGGGAGCCACCCUGGGAAUAGGGAAAAAAUGCAGGAUGUGGCUGGGAACAUUAGGCCAUUUUGCUUGAGGGAUAAGGAGUUAGGUGUACUGUUUUCAGAGGUGCCAGAGAAAAGUUUACACAAGCACCUUCAUCCAACAUCUUUAGGAGAGUAGGCCUUCACUGACGUCCAACUCAUUUAAUUGCACACCCCAUCUUGCAGCUGGGGGACAGAGCAAGUUUUGGGAUGUGCACUUUUGAUUAUCCAAAGUGAGUCACAGAUUUAAUCCAAACACCAAAUAUCUUAAUCUGGAAAACAUUUUCAGAGUAGUACAUAUAGAUCUCCUGGAGGUGGGAGUGUCUAGAUCAUCCCUGUAUUACUCAGUAACUUGCAGGUGCAGAUAAUAAUUCUAGGAAUGAAAAUACAAGGCUCUGGUCCCUCCUUUGCCCAUGCCAUUUACAUUCAAAUUUCCUACCUUGUUAAAAGGUCAUCUAAUCACAAGAAAAAUGUUGUCCUGAAGAGAGUGUGCCUUGAAUCUUCCAUGUUGUUCGUAUGAAAUACUUUUGUAAACUCUGAGAGAUAGCAAGAGCAGUUCAAAGUGCUGGGUGAGAUGGGGUUGCAGGGAAGGGAGACAGAUGCAUUUCAGUCCUCCGUUCUCUGAAAUGGGCAGGAGUGCAUUUUUAGCUAUGUGGAAUGAGAUGAAAAAGAGUCAGCAUAUGUCACAGUUGGCAUAGUCAUGUCCUUGUUGGCAUAGUCAUGUCCUUAUGCCAUUCUCCUAGUAGAUGAUUGAAAUCUAUUCGGCAGAAGGACUCAACGCUGUUUCUUCUACAGUCCAACCCAGUGUGUACUCUUUGCUGAGCUGAUAGGUAAAUGGAGGAACAGAAAUAGUGUCACCUUUGAACGUAGCCCUUUUUCUUCUUUUGCUUUUCUAACUAGUACUAAAGCACUUUAGAGGAAAAGGGAAUGCUUCAGGGCAAAACCAUUUUUCAGUUUUUCAUAUGGCAAGAAAAAAGGAAAAAUGUCACAUUUGGUUCAGAUGGAACCGAAUUUUUUUCCCCUUGGGAAAAGUCACUAAAAAGUCAAGAUCUUGCUGAACUUCCAAAGCUGGAACCUCUUUGGCUGUAACAAGAGAGGUAUUUUAGUCCAGCUACCAGUCACUGUGCUGAAUGCAGGGACCGCAGAGGGAAUUUCAGUGAGCAGGAGAUGAGACUUAAGUGGUUGUAGUACUCUCUCUUCUGGCCUUAAGUAUCUACAGUAUGGGAGUCCUGAUAAUGCUUUGCAAUGAACAAAAGAUCUGGAGCACAAAUAGCCAUACUAGAACAGCCUCCCACAUAGGUGUAGUGUAGAGGAGAGUCUUUUCUCUGCGAUGCGAGCAUGCCAGAUUGCGUGUAAUUUGGCUUUUAGUAUUUAGAGCUGAAUAUUUUACUGUAAAAGAAAAAAAAUAAAUGGGUGUGUCCAGAUGUAGCGCACAUGGGAAAAAGACUUGAAAGUAAAUAACCCAGAAUAUACUGUGUUUGAGCUUAAUUAUAGCUUGCAUCAAACAGAUUUUAUAUCUUUACCGGAAAAACUUACUUUGUGGCUAAAUCAGCUGAAAGUCUUCAAUUAAAAAUUAUAUUUAUAGAAAACCAGAGCUAAAGGUUUUGGUUGUUUUGGGUUUUAUAGAUUAGGUGAGAGAGCAUACUGUCUUUGCAUGUUCCCAGGAAAGUGGCUAUUUUUAUACUGCUUAAGUGAACACAAUUCUAUUUAUAAUGAAUGUUAACCAAUAUAUAUGUACAUAUAUACAUAAAUAUAUUUAUAUACUGUACAUAUAUCAUAAAUCACCAGAGUUUAACAGACUUAGGAAUGGCAUUCUAGAUAUUUUAUUUUUUUUCCUAGGCAUCUCUUUAUACAGUCAAUAAUUGAAAAUUGCGGCAUUAAAAUGACACAUAAAAUUAAGAGUACUGUGCUACAAGAAACAUUUGUACUGUUUUUUUCCAGUGGAAUUUUAUUGAUUGUUUUCAGUACCUUAAAAUUCAAGAUUUCUUUUUAUUUCAGUGUAAUAUUAAGCUCUAAAGGAUAUGCACAGAUGCUAAAUAUACAAAGUUAAUUUUGCAGUGUGUACACAAUUGCAAAAUGUAGACACAUGAAAUGAAAGCACAGAAUUCAAAGCAGCAGCGAUAAACUAAGCAGUAUACUGUGAUGUAGGCGAGUAUUUGUUAUUUUAAACUUAAAUAAAAAGUCUGGCUUUUGCCUGCCUGCCCUAUGAA